GGGAGUGCAGUACUAUAACUCCAGCCCGAGCAGAAUCACAGCGUCUGGGCCUAUCGCGUCGAGCUUGUCUCUUAGCACCCCUGCUGCAGUUCAAUGCUCUCGUGUGUGAAAAGUUGCUCCAUUGAGCUAUCGUGUCGCUAUCGUGUCGCUAUCCUGUGUAACCCUCGACGCACCGACGCUGGCGGUAAAGUUUCGCCGUCGCCAUGCCUGACAUAGAUGCCAUGCUUCCAGACCCCAAGCUGGAGGAGUCUCAGGGUGACGCCGUUGAUAUGCAGCAGUAUUCGAUGCCUGUUGUUGAGGGUCACGAUGGCCAAGAUGGCGUGGAGGUACAUGCGGGCUCUCCAAGCCAGCACCGACAGGACCAGCUUGAGGAGCCGGAGUCUGCCCCAGCGCACCAGCAGGAGGCUCGCCCGUCCAUCACGAGUGCCGAGGAGCUACAGCUUGCUGCCCAACUCAGCCAGGACCUCGCGAACCAAGACAUGCCCACCAUGCUUGAUGCUAGCGAGGAUCCCAACCUGGGAAACGUGAUCGCUCAUCCUGAGCCACACGAACCGGACCCAGUUCACCAGGCUCAGGAGCCGCACGAGUCGCAAGAAGCUCAGCUGCAACAUCAGAAUGACCAGCUGCCGCAGGACCAGCUUCCCGAGCACUCGGACGAUGUCCACGAGCAAGAUAAUCAACAAUUAGCUCAUGACAGUCAACCCGUUGAAUCGCACCACGCCUCUAUUAAUCCCGACGAGCCUGUUCUGCAAUUACAGAAUCAACACCAGCAUGAGAUUCAGCACCAAAUUCAACAUCGCCAACUACCUCUUGUACCGCAACCCUCGUCCCAACCACGGCCGCAACCCCAUCUACAGGCUCAGCCACAACUACAACCGCAGCCGCAAGCGCAGCAGUAUAUUUCAAAUGAGCAGCACGCAGGCCAUCAGCAUAUCCCCCUACCGCCCCAGCCUCCACCCUCCCAACCCCUGCAACAUCCUCCUCAGCUGCAACCCCACACGGCGAUGGAACAGUUCGCCCAGCAUGCGCAACACUACGCAUCCCAGGCGGUCGCUUCGAUCGUUCCCGACCAUAUCCCACCUAGGAAACGGUCCAAGGUGUCCCGUGCCUGUGAUGAGUGUCGUCGGAAGAAGGUCAAGUGCGAUGCUGUUUCAGAAAACGGUGAGGAGCCCUGUUCCAACUGCCGACGCUCCGCGAUUAGGUGUCUUUUCAGUAGAAUUCCUCAAAAGCGGGGGCCGAGUAAGGGCUAUAUCAAGGAGCUAGCCGAUAGGAUUAAUCAUAUAGAGGGGAAGCUGGCAAGCGAGGGCGGGAACGUCGAUAGUCUGACCGAGCUUCUCAAUGGUGCCAGGCGAGAGUCGGCCGAGCUCUACGGCCAGCCCGGGACGGGCGAGGAGAAUAGCCGGAAGAGACCUUAUUCCAGUAUAUCCGGCGCCGACUUUGGCACGCCGGCCAGUUCCCGUCAGGGAACGUGGAGUUCCGAACCACGACCCAUCCAGCCCUACCAAACGCCAACAAGCGCGUUCAGGGGACCCUAUUCGGCCAACGGUCUGGCCCCCCAGCCGUUGGGCAGGCCUGAGUCCGCGUCACGCCCAGCUCCCAUAGAUGCGGGCCCACUCGACAGCAACCAGAACGGCGCUGUUCGGGAAUUGGACGCUGGCGCCUUCAACAGCUACCGCGCCCUCGUUCACCCAUGCUUCCCGGUCCUGGCUUCAACCAAAGCGCGCGCGGAAGAGCAGCUGGCGUUGUGCCCGCCCCUUCUCCGCGACGCCUUCGUCGAGGCGCUCUACGGCACCAUGCAGUCUUUUGUCUCUGUCCCCGGCCUUUAUACAAACGGCGAUAUCGGCUCCGGCACACAGCUGAUAACUGAAUGGGAAUCCGACCCGACCUCGCGAACGCCAAUUAUGAAUCUCGUACAUCUCCAGACCCUGAUCUUGACGGCCAUCGCGACCGACAACCAUGGCCCGCUAUCGCUUAAGGGCGAACACGGCGGCCCACCCAAGGCAUCUAUAUUGGGGCGAGCCGUCGGUCUGGCGUACUCCAUGAGGCUUCACGUUUCCGGUGCGGAGACGAGCAUCGACGCCCAAGUGGAAGCCGACUCGGACGAGAAUAUCGCCACCCGAGCUUGGUGGACGUUGAUCAUGUUGGACCGAUGGAACGCCAUCGGGACGGCGAGUCCGUUAUUGAUCCCGAACGACAGCGUGGUAAUUCUCCCAAGCCUUAACCCGACCCUGGGUGAAGGCGUGUAUCACCUUGCGCGUUUGUCGAACAUCUUGGGCCACUUUGCUCCGGUCGCCCUGGCUCCUCCGAAGGUUCUCUCGCCCGAGUCGGGCGCUGCGCCGAUCCUAAGCUCCUUUUUCAACCUUUCUAUCGAGCUCUUCCGCGAGAUCCUUCCCCAGAGCAUCACACCAGCCUCGCACCCUGUGUUGCACAUGGUUUAUUGGCAUACUAGGUUGCUUGUCUACCUCUUUCAAACGAAUGCGAAGUCAACCGAUAUACUAUGGGCAUGCAGGGAGUUGGUCACCCUUCUGCUCACCAACACGCAAUUGCUCAGCCCAUUAAACCACCACUUCUUCUGCCUCACGACACUAUCGCUGAUCGAGCUGAAGAAGGUUGAAGCGACACACGACGAAGCGGACUCUCUCCUCAAACAGCUUCUCGAGUCGAACCUGGCACCGUCAACCUGGGAUGCCACCAUCAGGGACCGUAUUUCCGAGGCUAUCCGACCUUCGACCGCCCAGGCGGCCGCAAGCCAGAGUCUGCAGCACCUCGCCGACUUGGCGACGGCGACGGAAGCUGAAGCGGUGAAGCUAGACAAGGACGCAGAAGCCGUGUCGCUUAGGACGAGCGAUAAUUACAGCGAUAUCGGGUUCGACCCUCGCGUGUUAACCCGGGCAGGCUACCUGAAUGUCCUGGCCGACCACGUAUCGCCGGCGACACGAUAGGAGCGACACGGCGACACCACCGCCACGAGCCCCCGAGCCUCUUUCCCUUUUCC